AUGAAUAAGUGUGUUACUAUCAGUGCUCUUUUGAUGGGCAUUGUGUUAGCCAUCAACCUCUCCUACGCCCAAGGUGGUAAAGUGAGUGAUGAGGGUGGUGGUGACGGCAAAAAUGUUUCUGUUUGUGGUGGAGAUGGCGCGGAAUCAAGUACUGCAAUGGAAAAAGUAUUGGGGCUUCACAACAAAGUUCGUCGCAAGUUAGCCAGUGGCCAAAUUUGCCAUCAACCCCGUAGCUAUGUCAUGCCUCUCUUGAGAUGGAACUCUACGUUGGCGGCCAGGGCUCAAGCUUGGGCAAACAAAUGCACAUUCGAUUUGGAACCCCAUGGCGAAAGGAAAACUGCAGAAUUCGAAAGUUAUGGACAGAAUAUUGGUGUCUCCCAAAAAUUUGGAAAACGUGGUUUGAUGGAGGUAAGCACUAUGAUUAUCGCAAACAAUCGGUGUAGAGACGGUAAAAUGUGCAAUACUUACACACAGAUAGUUUGGGCGAACUCGACGGAUUUGGGAUGUGGUUUGAAUAGGUGCAAAGACAGCACUUAUGGUGAAGUCUAUCUCGUUUGCAACUACGGUCCAGCGAGUUGCGAUCUAUCACGUUUCCAAUUCAAGUUGGCAAUGUUGGAGGAGUCGAAGUUCGAAGUAGUCAUUGGCAUGUAUGUUCUGCCAAGGAUGUAA